UCACCUUUGGAAGCGGAGUUAGUUGAUAUUCUACGCUUGUCCCGCGCUCGUCGUACCACGCUACCGACAACUCGAAGAGGAAUAAUAUGGACUACACACGUAAUUUGGUAAUUUCGAUUUUUCUUGUUCUAUUGUUUAAUAAGAACAUAUCAGAUGCAUUCAAUAUAUACUUAUUUAUUCAUGAUUUUCUUCAAUAUAACAUAGCAGGAACACCACUUUUUCACGAGAAAACACAGUGGGAUUUUGAUCCAGAAAUUGGAAAACAAAGACGAGUUAGAUACGAACAGGAAAAUGGUCAUCAUGGAGAAUUUGCAAUAGCGAAGUUAGGUAUGGGAAUCGGAUACAAAGAACCAUGGGCAGAGUCUGCACAAAAACUGAUAAAAAACUCCUAAUCUGUAAAAAACCAAUGAAAAUUAUCUUAGUAUAUGUAUUAAAUUAAUUGUAAAAAUAGUAAA